GGAGCGAGCGCGCGCCCGGACCCUCCCUGCGCCGAGCGGAGCGGGCAGCCGGGCGGGCCGAGGCCGCCCCGCAGGAAUCCAGCAUGUUGGUGGUUUGUCUCUCUUCUGGACGCAGAAUCGGACACUGCACCGGACCAAUGUGGUGGCAAAGACCUGUACUUUCCCUCUCUCUGGCUUGGCUUGAGCUGGGAAGCCCUAUCACCCAGAACCUGUGAGAAUUUCCAGGCUCUGCCAGGCUGUGUGUGACGCUUCUGAGAUGCCCCUCCUGGUGGGAGAGAUGAUGAAACUGCUCUGCUCCAUUUCUGAGAAGAGGAAAAUGAAGGCGGCUGUGAAGCACUCUGGGCGGGGCGCCCUGGUCACGGGGGCUGUGGCCUUUGUUGGCGGUUUGGUUGGUGGCCCACCAGGACUAGCUGUUGGGGGCGCCGUCGGGGGCCUAUUAGGUGCCUGGAUGACCAGUGGACAGUUUAAGCCAAUUCCUCAGAUCUUAAUGGAGCUGCCACCAUCUGAGCAGCAGAAGCUCUUUAACGAAGCCUCGGCCAUCGUCAGGCACCUGGAUUGGACUGAUGCCGUGCAGCUGACCACGCUGGUCAUGGGCAGUGAGAUGCUGCAGCAGCAGCUGCUAGCCAUGCUGGUGAACUACGUCAGCAAGGAGCUCCAGGCUGAGAUUCAGUACGAUGACUAGGGCCGCUCCUCCCGGGAAGUGGGGCUCUCCUAACGCAGAGAGGGGCCUGGGAGUUAGGGGAGUCUCAGGCUGGAAAUGUGAAUGCAGUCGCCUGCCUAAGGGGCUUCUGCCGUGCUGAAUCAGGCUUGGAAAUUAUCCUGAAGAUGUGUUUGCUGGCCUCUGCACGACGGAUGGUGGAUGGCUAUUGCAGUGCCUUGGUUUUGUGAAGCUACUCCCCUCAAAUAGGAGGCAGAGAAGGUCACCAGGUCAGCCUUCUCCCUCUGGGAGAAUAACCUGACCAGUCAGGUUCGCUGUUGUACCACAGGCUUCCCAUGCAGGGCCUGAAUUCUUCGGACCUCGGAGUGGUCCCAGCUGGAGUCACUUCUACCUCUGGGACAGGGCCCCCUCCUGGCUCGGAGAUUCCCAGCAGGCCUCAGGGAGGAGCCGUCAAAUGUGCUCAGCCCCUUCUCCCACCCAUGCAGGCCUGGGUGCGCCCUCUCUCCCUCUGUCCGUGUGGCGCUUGUUUUUAAAUCUAGAACAUUCUACGGGUAGUCAGGAUCAGAAACACUAAGAAAUGUUCCCACCCUAAAAUUUCUCCCUUUAUCCACUUGCUUUUGGAACCACAUCUUGCUCAAUAUGUCAUCAAAUGAUAAUAAACUUUUUUUUUUUUUUCCGGAA